AUUUGUCACAGUCGCGGUUUUGAUCGACCCUCGCGUUCUGUGCUCACUAUGAACAUUCUCAGUUAGCAUUUCCCGUUUCCAAGUGGCUUUGGAUUGAAGAGAAUGCGCCCAAGAGGCAUGGGUGUGGGCUUCUUCAAUUAGGAAUCAUCGACCAUGCCGCCAAAAGCUCCUCUGACGCCCGACCAGCGUCGGUUGCGGGUGAUCAUCUUCUCCUUUCCGGUCCUUGUCGCUUCUACAUAUGUCCUGUAUCGGCGCAUGGUUUUGGGCGAGGAGCAAAGACAACUUCCAAAACAGGGGAAGUUGAUCCCUCCGCCAACCUGAGGAAUUAUCUUCAAGCUCUUCGCCUAUUCAUGCAGAUCUAAUGUGCCGGAAACUUGGGCCGCACAAUCGCGCGGCUCUGCAAAGCGCCCCGGUUCGGAGAAGAUCCCCGAGGAUGUAUGCUACAUUGGUGAUAAGAUACAGAUGUGC